UGGUGGGAAGGAGUGAGACAGAGCAGGUGCUGGCCCACCGGGAGGUUGUACCGUAUAUAAGCAGUCUCCUCGCUGCUCCGGGCCAAAGCCAAAGCUGCUGCAGCCAAGAUGGCUUCCACCGCUCUUCGCAUCCUGAUGGUGAUCUGUGCCGUGAGCCUAAGCUCUGCGAAACUGACAGUACUUUCUGAAGAUGGAGAACUGCAUUGUGAAGCGGAGGGAAGGUUUCGCCAUCCUGAGAGCUGUGAUCAGUACGUAGACUGUAUUCCGCAAGGCAAAUACUUUGAACCUCACGUUGGCUCUUGUAAGGGAGCCAUCUUUAAUGAGGACGCCAAGAAAUGUCUAAACCCAAGCAAACAGGACACCAACUGCACAUUCCAUGACCGCCACGCCAGAGCGUUACCAAUGGACCCGAACUAUGACUUCAUGUGCGAGGACAUUCAGAGUGGCUUUUUCUGUAUGUCUUGCAAAACUCUUGUAAACUGUGUGAACGGGCGAGCUUACAUGGACGACUGUGAUGCAGGUCACACCUGUGACAUGCGAGAUACCUUUGGUGGAGGUGUUUGCUAUCCAAAUAGUCCUGAGAUAUGUCAGUGCCAAAACCAAAGAGAACUCCUUCCUGAUCCAUACAGUCCUCAGGCUUACCUCGAGUGUCAAGCUGGAAACUUGGAUCCAAAUGUUGAAUUUUGUAAAAAGGACAUGGUCUUCAAGGAGGAAGAUCUCAUGUGCCAAUAUCCUGUUGGUUACGUUGAAUGCACCAAACAUGGCAUCUUCCCUAAUCCCAACGACUGCACCGAAUAUUACAAAUGCAUGCCAGUUGCACGAGGAUUGAUUCAGUACACAUUCAGCUGUUCAUGUGGUCUCCUCUUCAAUGAUUUAACAGGAAAGUGUGAAGACCCCUGUAGUUACCAGCCAGAAGAUUUCAUCUGUUAUACAGAAGGUCGCUUCCCAGAUGAGUAUAACUGUCACAAGUUUUACUUGUGCAUUGCUGACAGCUUCUAUGACUCAGGUUUUCAUCAAUCACACCACAGCUGCCCACAAAAUUCCUUCUGGAAACCAGGUCAGAUAGAAGGUACUGGGUCAUGUCAGGUCUCCACGGACAACACUGAAUGCUUCAAACUUCAGGCACCCAAAUGUGCAGUGCCUGUCGGAAGAAACUGUACUGACUAUCCCAACAUAAUCCAAGGAGGAGAGUGCAUCCAGGGCAGCCCCAACUGUCUGUGUAACUCUGCUAAUGGUGAUCUGUAUUGCGAGGAAGGAUACGCAUCCGAUGGAGAAACUUGCGUGCCCGCAGGAGCAGCUACAACACCAGGUCCUGUAUAGAUGUAAUCAGGGCAAACUACUAAACCAGCCUGUUCUUCGGAGUCAGAAAUGCUGGGCAAUAGCUAUUGCUGAACGUCUAUGUAAUAACAAGAAUUCGGCAAGAAUUCUAAGUAAAUGACUGCUUCUCGACUUUGGAAAAUUUCAAAGUAGGAUUUCUGUUACAAGGGAAAAAUCUUUCUAUGCGUGCAUCUUUGUCUAUCUGUAAGCAAAUACAGCAAUAAAGAUAAUAAUAAAAGAA